CGCUGCAGUCACCAUGACUCCACCACUAGGCUUCCCCUCGGCCUAUCGCUGCUCUCCCGCACGCUGACGCCGAGACCCGGAAGUGCCGCCGCCGCUGCAGCUGCUUUGUUUUGUUUUGGUUGUCGGGAGUUGUGUAAGCGAGCGACACAGGCGGAGGUCGCUCCGGGAGAGGGACGCUCUUCACAUGGGGAGAGUCCAACCGGGGAUGGAACAUGACGGACCGGUAGCUGACGCCUGCGGGAUGCCGAGUUUCAUCGGCAGCUUCGAGGAGGAGGAGGAGGAGGAGAAGGAGAAGGGGAGGGCGAGACUGUCCCGCAGCCUGGAAACUUCCUUCGCGGACGGCAAAGUUGAGCGGCCGGUCGCAGACGAGCACCGCGACGUCGGCAGGUCAGACUCCCGGUUGUCGCUCGACGGAGGCGGCGGGAGGAGCGGCGGCGAGGGGGGGAAGGAUGCGGGGGGCAACAACAACAACAACUGCAACGGAGGAGGAGGAGGGGAGAGGAGGAGGAGGGCGAGCGCCGUGGAGAUUCUGAGGAGGAAUUUCGGGGUCGGGAAAUCUCCCUCCCUCCGGUUCAGCGCAGGCCGGCGGAUGCAGGAAAACAACCAGAGCAGCGUCACCAACGACGGCCAUGGAGGCGACUGUGGCGACUGCAAAAAGUCGGACGUAGAAACGGGCGACGCGGGGAUUAAAAACGAGCCGACCCCGAGCGAGUUGACGACUUCGGAUGCACAUGCGGAUCAGUGGCAUCGAACAUGCGACAGUGACGGUAACACUGUGAGUGCAGAGGAGUCACAUGGUGUCAAACAACACGUCUACUGCACUGUUUACUGCAUCGCCAACGACGUACACUGCACUGAAUCCUCACGCGAUGAGGCGGACGCACCUGACCCUGCGGACCCGGGCUCCGAGACAGAGCAGGAGGCGGGUUCGAGUCCCGAGCCGCCGCCGCUGUACACGCUGGACGACCUGGUGGACCCUUUCGGGGACAUUUCCAACCAGCUGUACAAGGAUCAGGACGAUGCGGGGAGCGCGGUGCAGGGCUGCCGCGUGUGCCUGGAAGACAAAACCAUCGAGCCCCUGCUCUGCUGCAGGAUGGCCGUGUGUGAUGAGUGUUUGAAACUCUACGUCAGCUCCCAGGUGCGAGUGGCCAAACCACACAUCAGCUGCCCGAUCCCAGAGUGCAGUGGCUACCUGAAGGAGAGCGUGGUGGUUUCCCACCUGGCCAAUGAGGACGUGGCCAAGUACCGUUACUUCCUGGAGUUGAAUCAGCUGGAUUCGAGCACCAAGCCGUGCCCCCAGUGCAGUGACUUUACCUCUCUGAAGAAGCACAACAACAACCAGUCCGAGCACAAGUACAAGAUUCAGUGUGAAAACUGCCAGUUUGUGUGGUGCUUUAAAUGCCACGCGCCCUGGCACAAUGGCCUCAAGUGCCGCGACUACAGGAGAGGAGACAAGCUGCUACGAUCGUGGGCAAGUGUCAUAGAACAUGGACAAAGAAACGCCCAGAAAUGUCCACAGUGCAGGAUCCAUAUACAGCGUACAGAGGGAUGUGACCACAUGACAUGCACACAAUGUAACACAAACUUCUGUUACCGCUGUGGGGAGCGCUACCGACACCUCAGGUUUUUCGGGGACCAUACAUCCAACCUCAGCGUGUUUGGCUGCAAGUAUCGCUAUCUGCCCGAUAAACCUCAUCUGAGACGGUUCAUCAGAGGCUCCGUCUGUGCCACUAAGGUGCUGAUAGCUCCAGUGGUCAUUGUGCUGGUGGUGGUGCUGGGAGCUCUCGCACUGGUGAUAGGUUUGGUGGCUUUCCCCGUCUACUACGUGUGUAAGAGGAAGAAGCAGCGCACUCAGGGCUCUGGACGGUGGAUCUGAGAUCUGCCGCUGCACUACAUCCAGACCGCGCAGCUUGAAACGACAACGCCCACAUUUCCUCAGGGACAGACGUGCCAGGCUGAGUCAUCGCAGCAUUCUUAGAGGAACAUUGGAAAACGAGCAGUAAAUGAGAACGAGGAUAAUCAAACCGAAAAAGACGUAAAACCCCACACAAAUGUAAGUUGAAUUCUGGAGGAAUCACUGUCUGGUCACGUAACGGAGAACGACUGUUUCAAAUCACUUCAAACUUUCUAACAUUUCACAGCCAUGAGGACUUUGCUGCUCUUUUACCGGACCCGUCACUGUAGGUUUCAGCACUUCACACAUGCAGAUUUUCAGUCUCAUAUUUACAGCUGUCUUUCUGGAGAGCAAAUCAAAACACAGGUAACAGACGGACGCAGAUUUGUUUACACCCGCUCAUGUGAGGAUGCGCUGAAAGAGGAGAUGUUUGGAUACCGGAAAAAAAUACUUCAAGGAACACUCACUGCUGGAACAACUGGUGAAUGAUCGGAGGCCUCUCACAGGUGAAUAAUGCAGAUAGAAAGGAAACAGUGUGAGAAUGGAAACUGAAUUUGGAACAAGCCAUGAUGGAGAAAUUAGUUUUUUACUGAUUCACCAAGAACUGGACUCUCUUUCUCUGCUGGAGACAGAGUUUGAAUAUGGAUAUCUAAAAGAAGCACACACUGGAAGGUAGAAUAACUGAAGUCUGAUGGAUGGAGGGAUGAUACGACUCUGCUGCUUUUGCUAUUGGCUAAUCUGGAUAAAACUGACUCUGCCUGAGCUCACGUUCUUCUUAGAAGACGUGAAAGUUGCUUUGUGUGGCUUUUAAUUACAGCACCAGUGGGAUUUUUAGUGAAACUCCAUUGUUUUCUGUUGAGGAUUUCCAUCAACUCUUUCCUCUUAUGUGCCUCUGUCUUCCUCACUUUCUUUUCAUUCUUCCUCGCUGGAUGGUGGCUCACACACACAGAUCACUAUAGACUUACAUUCUUUCCUGGAGAUUUGCCCAAGGCUUAGCCACUCACACAAAAAAAAACAGCUUUUUACCAAAUGGUUGACACAGACACAGCUUUUCACCCAAAGUAGCCUGUAACAAAAAUACACACACACACACACCCUCCCAGCUUGCCAGCUCAUCUCUGUCGAAUCUAAAUGCUGUAUGCCAGUAUCUGCAUCAUCAAAAAAAAAAAAAAUGCUGCUGUGUGUUGAUUGUGCCAAAACAAAACGCUGAACGUGGCAGGACAGACGGUCGUCCCCGUCCCUUUGUUGGCUUAGUUUUUUGUGAUUGUUUUUUUAGGUGGUUGCCCUUUGCAGAGGUUCGGGUGGUGUCGCUGUCGGUGUUGUGGCGUCUGCACAAGAUCACGCAGGUCGUAGACAUGAUUAUGCACGAGGCAGCUGGAAACCAUUCAGAAGCAAAGAAUGCAAACAACUGAUCGCAACGCUUCAAAUGGUGCCUGUCGAAACACAGAAUACAGUGUUUGAGGUUUUUAAUUAGCUUUUUAUUGUGGUGUGGAGGGUGGUUUGCUGAAACAUAAACAGGAUGCUUGAUUUUUGAAAAUACAUGAAUAUAUAUUUAAUAGCAUAGAGCGGUCAUCAGGUUGCUGUGCACUGGAUAUGUGGUAGAUUAAGUUUGGAUUUAAAUAAUGAGGGGAUCAGCUUUUCAAGAAUCCAAAGUUUGGGGUUUUCUCAAGGUUUUAAAAGUGAAAGGAGGAUUUCUGUCUGCUUGCGGGUUUGGAUAGUGAGAUAGGGUUUUAUUAACACACACACACACACCUCUUAACUCAUUCACACGCACAAAAGCAAGCUACCACGAGUGGCGCUGCCAGGAAUCAGGAGAUCUUCAAGCUUUAAAGGUCGUCACCUGGCAGCAGCCUGUUCUCUGUCCUUCACUUUAUCCCUCUCUCCUUUCCUCCCUGCUGUCAUUCCUUUUAUUUUUUUGUGUUUCUCUACUUCUUCUCUGAUCUCUCACUUUGCUCAACAUCUAUUGUCCACCUGGAUUUACAUCCCUCUGACCUCAGCCGUGAGAGGAGGCGGGGGAGACUGACAGUUACAUUACGAGAGGCUCUAUUCACAAGGGUAGGUGCACAUCCACUGGAGCAGUGGCUGCAAGGCUGGAGGCUCUGAUAUGUGGGGAUAACACAGAGCUACAUGUGGUGCACGCUGCGGUCGAGUACAUCAGUCAAAGAAGUGUUUGUUUUUAUCCCCUCACUUCAUGGAGCUUUUUUUUUUUAUGUCCCUCUUUCGUUAGAGGUCUUUGUGCACAUUUUAAUGGAGAGAGACGAGAUGACAACAAAAGGAUGAGGAAAAGCACAAUAUGUCUGCACAGUGAGUACAGUAAUGAGAAGGAUAUGGAGCGAUACAAUGAUGAAAGGUCGAGGAGGAACCUGCAGUGCAUUUUGGUCAAGGCUGCGCGGUUUAUUCAAACGAUCCUGCUGCAUUUUUAUCUGGGACAUCGGCUGCAUCAAAACAAGUGCUUCUAUGUUCCCCCCCCCCCCAAAGAAUCUCUAAAGAGCCCCAGAAAUGCUGCAUUAUCUCUCCUUUCUCCCUCAGCCAAUGACAAUGCAGUGUUGCGCCCACGUGAUGAAGAAUAAAAGUAAACCGGCAGUGACAUAGACAAAGAGAGAAUCGUGAUUUCAAUUCUAAGCAAGAAAAUUGUGAUUCUCAUUUUUUCCAGAGUGGUGCAGCACUAAUGUUGGUCACCAGUGGAAUAUGUUACAGAAUGUUUCAUCUCUGAAUCCUCACGUAACCCAGGAUUUAAGGUGUGAAGGAAAAGCAGGGUUGAUGUUGAUGAUGAUGUCGUGCACAUGGGACAUUUUUUCCAGCUUCAGGGAUCUGGAACCUUUUCUACUGUCUGGUGCAGUCAAACUGUAAAUCUAAUGUCCCUGAAGGACAGAGAGUGAACUGUUACACACUGAUUUCCCAAGAGGUCCUGAAUCUGGGGGUUGAAUGAACUCUCAGGGAGUCUGUUUUCUGUUCGCACUCCACACACACACACACGAGCUGUGCCACAAAAAGCGCAGCGAUUCAAAAAUGCUGACUGAUACAUAUACCCAGAGCUGCUUAGAAACCAUGUUAAUUCCAUAAAAAAAGUCGUCCUGAGUCAGAGUUUUUUUCGGCCGUGUUGUGAACCCGGGACUGAAAACGGGAACAAGAAGAAAAUGUGUUUUGAUGAAUCGGCACUGGGGAAAAUCGAAUGUGUAAGUUGUGUGCGCCAAACAAAAACAACUGUUGUUGACUUGAAAUGUUUUUGUCGCCUAAUGUGUUAUAUCUAACUGCUCAGUUCGCACCACACUGACAUGUUGGUUUGAUUGACAUGUGACUGAAGCGUGGAGCGUGACGGAUGUUUGUACUUUUGAUCGUUUGCAGUACAGAGAAAUUUAUCAGCAGAGGGAAACCAGGUGAAUUUACAAGGGGCUGUUUUUUUUUUAAAAUGACUUGAACACAACAUGUUACCAAAAAGACGAUUAAUCUUGUGUUCAUCGCCAGAAAAUUACCAAGAAACGCAUAAUUUCUCAUUUCCUCCGCAGCUUCACACGAGCAUGAGUUUACUGUCACAGUUAUGGAAGUUAUGAAUGUGUUCCCUCUGUUUAGCUGCAGGACAAAUUGAAAUUAAUAUGGUUUUCUGACACUUUGGUAUUCGUCAAAGUUCAUCCUCCCAUAUCUGAUGUCCUACUCUUCUGUUCAUGUCUGUUCAUGCUUCAGAAUGCUGCCCACUGAUGCAAUGUAAAGACGCCACGUGGAAAUUGCUUUGUUUUACUGUCUGAUCACCACAUAUUACUGACUUCAUCACCGACAUUUACCUGAACAAUAAGUAACUGUUAGGUUGAAGCUUUACAUGCUAAAAAAAAAAAAGGUUCUAUGUUAUUCCCUCAGUGACUUGAGAGUUGUUUUAGCCUGUUAGUUUUCUGUGCCGGGGUGUGUUGGCAGGCUGAUGCCCCUGGUUCUUUUUUAGUUUGUGUUACAGUCCCAGUGAUGUUUGCGUAAAUAUGCAAUGGUGCCUUCACAGCCACAAUAGAUCAGGGUUUGACAAGCUGGGGUUCGGAUUGAAAAUGGGAGUCAACUCUAUUACAGCUUUGAACAGAUGUUUUUUAAAAGCAAAGUUGAAGACCAUCUUGUGAGGAGACACCAAUCCAUGAGUAUUUUAGUAUAUUUAAUGAUUGCUCAGAUUACUCAGUACUAAUGGGUUGGAGCACUCUAAUCUUUAAACUCUGUCUUUUGAUCUAAACUACACACCGAUAAAGUUUCAUGCCUGCAAUUGUGAUGCUCGUGACAAAAUCUGUCAACAGACACACUGACAUAUAACAGCUGCCAAAGAUGACUCACACACAAGACAAAAGCAAAACCCACCAUGUUGUUGCGGUUUGUAUGUACAGGUGAAUCUCAAUAAAUCAGAAUCGUGGAAAAGUACAUUUUUUCCAUUAUUUAAUUCAAAUUCAAAUUAUUAUAUAAUAUAUUCUAGAUUCAUUAGAUGUAAAGUGAAAUAUGUCUGUGGAUUUCAAUGAUUACAGCUCACAGCCCAUGUACAUCCGAAAUCUAAUAUUUCUGAGAUCAAUUAUAAAAGGAUUUAUAAUACAGUAACACAGGCAGGUUGGCUGGCCAAUCAAGCACCAAACCAGUAAGUCUAGAAUAUAUACAUUUAUACUUUCUGAAAUUGCUGACGAAAAAAUUCAUAAAACUCGAAAUUAAAAGAUGAAUAAACUUUACAGGUACCACAAUCCAGGGUGUCAGCCACUUCCCAGUGAAAAGGAGGAAACACCCUCUAUAUUUAAUAGUUGCCAUGAGGCUGGUAUGGGACUAACGUGCUUAGUGAGCACGGUGGUUAAACCAAAAAGAUGUGUCAUUUGCAGGAAAUCAAAUGUCCAUUUCAAGACAAUCACACAGGGGAAUUUUACCUCAGGAGGCCUGUGGGUGUUCAGUUUGCAGUACUCAGUGUACUCACUCUCCCUCUCUAGAUAUGCACUUGCUGAAAAAAAAAAAAACAGCAUCUUAUAUGUACAUGUACGACACUUUUUAUCAAGGGUGUUUCUAUUCAAAGAAAUGCCUUAAACUUGAUGUGAGUGCUCUUUGUUUGCACCCAGAACCCACAUUCUUCCACCUGCUGCCACUGAUAAAUCUGUCUGCUGAUGUUAUUAUUGUUACUGUUCACUUAGCCAGGCACCAAGAUCUGACGGAGAAUAAAUACAACUGGAUCCAAAGUCAAAA